GGGCAAAAAAGGCAAGGUAUGUGGUUUUUCAGUCUAUUUUCAUGCCUCGGAAAUUUAUUUCCCACGGAAUUCCGGCGUGUCGGACAUGUCGACUGAGUCGAUCCUGGUUGCGGAGAGAUCGCAAGUCGCGUGACGCGGCUGCCGUCCGUCCGGAUGUACGACGCUUAGACCUCCGCAAUUUCGCCUCCUACCAGCCGCUCUCCUAUCGAUAGCGACACGUCUCCUCAGAGGCGGAACGUUCGUCAUUUUGUUGUACCUCAGGGCGUCUUCGCGAUUGCUAGCGCGUAUCCAACUACAAUUCUAAUGUUUCGCAGAAUGAACCCGAGCCUGCGCCACCUGCAGCCACUAAAGAAACCAAAGACGACAUGAAGUUUACAGAUAUCAGCCUGAACGAUGACAAGCUAAGUUUGCCGCGCCUAGGCGAUCUCAACUUCGACCUGGACGCUGCGCCGGCUGCGAGUGAGAAUAAAGGAAGUGGUUUCAUGUUCGGAUGGGGCUCGGGUUGGGGUUCGGCUGCUGCGCCUGAGCCAGCUGUCGAGGCGAAGAAGGACGAAGCCGACUGGGGGUUCUCCACAAUAACGUCUUCCUCGACGUCGAAAGACAAGUCAAAGGAUAAGGACACUAAGAAAAAGGAUCCGUUCGACCUUAGCUUCACUAAUACCACAGAUGACCUCUCGUUGGAUGUUGGUGCGCCAGCCGCGAAGGCGACGUCGCCCGCAGCUGAAGAAGAUCCGUGGGGAAGCUUCGCCCCAAGCACAAGCAAGGCCAAGAAGAAGAAAGGUAAAGCCGCAGUUGCAGUGAUACCUGAGCCCGAGCCCGAGCCUCCGGCGCCUGAACCCGAACCGGCACCGGAACCUGUCAUCGAGCCGCCUCCGCCCGCGAAAACAGCAGAAGACGACUUUGCUUCGUUUGGUACGAAAAAGGACAAGAAGGGCAAGAAGAAAAGCGGAGCUGUCGUCGAACCUGUCGUUGUGCCUGAACCCAAGCCCGAGCCCAUUCCUGAACCUGUCAAAGAAGCGAAGCCCGCCGAGGAGGAGGCCUGGGGCUUUUCAGCAGUCACGUCUUCCAAGGACAAGAAGAAGGGCAAGAAGGACAAAACCGCAACCAAGGAAGAGAAGAAGGAGGCGACCCCGCCGCCACCGGAACCUGAACCGCCUGCUCCAGUUGCUGCAGCGGAUGAAUUCGAUGGGUGGGGUACGGCCCAGAAACCAUCGAAAACCAAGACCAAGUCUGCAUUCGAUUUCGAUUGGACUGAAGAGCCGUCAAAGGAUCCAGUCGUAGAGGUCGCAGCAGUCGAGACCAAACCACCUGCGGACGAUUGGCUGGGUAGUGGAUGGGGCGACACCUCAAAGAAAAAGAAAAAGGACAAGAAGGGCGUUGCGACCGAAGAAAUUGCGCCACCCGUGAAAGCAGAGGAGCCGGCGGCGUCUGACGACUGGAUGGGAUGGGGCAGCAAAAAAGAUCCGAAAAAGGACAAGAUGAAAGUCACUGAUCUUACCGACUCGGUUGAUCCCGUCUCUGAGAAGGACAUUCUACAACCCGAAUCGGUUGAUGAGCCAAAAGCUGCCGACGAAUGGACUUUUGGUGUCAAGAAGAAGGACAAGAAGAAAGAAAAGGUCAAUGACAUCAUCGAGGUUACGGAAACCAGUCACGGCGCCGACAUAAUGCAGCCAACGGAGGAUGCGUGGACGUCAGGCAAGAAAGCAAAGAAAGGAUCGAAGAAGACAAGCACAAUUGAGGUUGUUGCAGUCCCAGAAGUCCCACUCAUCGAAGCAGCUAAGGCCGAACCCGAGCUCGAUCUCCUGGGUGCUGCAGAACCAUCUGAUGAUACAUGGGGGUUUGCGGCCGUCACUUCCUCAAAGAAGAAAAGCAGCAAGACAGACAAGAAAUCUUCGAAGUCCGUGGAUGCGCCUAAGGUCGAAGAGGCACCUAUCAAGAAGUCCAAAUCCAAGGAUUCCGCGAAAUCGGAAGACAAAGGUGAAGAGGAUGACGGGUUUGACUCUCCAACACGUGCAGAAUCUCCGGUAAAAGAGGAUAAAAAGUCCUCCAGUAAGUCUGCGACUGCUUCUUCCGGCUGGGGCAGCAUGUGGGGCAGCAGCAGCACCAAAGCUUCUACAAGCAGCUCUGCGAAGACGAUCAAGGAGAAGGAGAAGGAGAAAGAAGCUAAGCUACAAGAGGCAAAAGAUAAGGCCGCGAAGGAGAAGCGUGAAGCAGAUCUAGCAGCAGCUCAGGCAGAAGACGAAGCGCUGUUUGCGGCUGCACUCGCAGAGGAGGCGGACGUCGACAUGCUUGAUUUCAACGAAGAGCCAGAACCCGCUCCUGUGCCUGUAGUGACCUCUUCCAAGAAGAAAUCGUCUAAAGAAAAGGAGAGGGAAGCGAAGGAGAAAGAGAAAGAGGCAAAGGAGAAGGAGAGGGAGGCGAAGGAGAAGGAGAAGCAAGCCAAGGAGAAGGAAGCCAAGGAGAAGGAGAAAGAAGCUAAAGAGUCAAAGGACAGCAAAAAGAAGAGCUCGAAGUCUGACUCCAAGGCCAGCAAAAAAUCCUCCGCAGAGAGCAAACCGCCAACUCCUCCUCCGGUUGAGGAAGAGGAAGCGGAACCGGUGAAAGCGCCAGCUGCCGACCCGCUCUUCGAUCUGCUUGACGAACCUGAACCAGAGCCGGUCUCAAGCGGUUGGGGGUUCUGGGGUUCAUCACUCAAGUCGACCAAGAAAACUUCACCCGUUUCGGCCACAAACGGUAAAAUUGACUCAGAUGAGACAGCCAAAGCGAAAGAGCUGGAACCCGAAGUGACAACCACGGAAAAGGGUUCCAAGAGUAAGACCAAAACUUCCUCCUCAACAGUUGCAGAUCGCAUCAAGUCCUUGCAGUCUGCUGCCGAGAGCUCGACGAAGCCAACUGCAAGCAGUAAGACCAAAAAGACAACGAGCAGCAGUUGGUUUUCAACGCCUGAUCCUAUGGAGGACGAGCCCGAGGAAGCUCCUUUUGAGGAAGUCCAACCUGAGCCAGAGGUAAUUGAGAAGGUGCCGACACCGCCUCCAGUCGUUGAAAAGAAGUCCAAGAAAUCUUCCAAGAAGGAGAAGAAAGAGGCGUCGCCUGCCCCUCCACCACAGCCACCAGCGCUGGAACCUGCCGAGGAAGAAGCGGCUGAGAAACCUCACUCGCCUUUACCUGGCGGCUUUCCCACUGACGAUCCAUUCGAUGAGAUCGAAGAGCCAGCGCCGGUGGUGGCGACGAAAUCUGCCUCUCCACCGCCAAAGUCAUCUUCGAAGGACAAGAAAUCAAAGUCGUCCUCAAAGAAGGAAUCGUCGAAAUCGAAGGCUACGCCCGUUGUCGAGGCCCCUGUCGAACCAGUGCCUGAUCUCUUCGACCCGGGUGAUAAUGACGAUGAUGAUGCUGCUGCAGUAGAAAGCGCGCCCGUUGUCAAGAAAGCUCCCACGCCGACGCCGCCACCGGAGGAGAAACUCAAGCCGUCGACACUCAAGAAGGAGCGCCCAAAGGUUGUUCGCGAUCAACAGUCCUCGUCGUGGGGAGUAUUCGCUGCAGCACCGCCUCUCGCAAAGAAGGCCCCUUCUAAAUCGGACGAAGUCGAUGUCUCGCCCCCCAAAGAGCGAUCCGCUGACCUUUCCCGAUCGAAAUCCUCACGCAAAGCUUCUGAGAAGGACCCGCUGGAGCGCGCAUCGAAGUCUUCAGGUUCUGAACAAGGUGGAAAGGGUCCAUCGCCCCCACGAUCAAAGGCGGCGCCGAGUGCGUCUCGUGGCUUCGCACUGUUCGGUGCAGCACCGACGCCUUCAAAGUCAAGAUCGACGCGCCCGCCAAUGUCGGCCAGCAAAUCCACCUCGCGACACAUCUCCGGUGCUGCCGAUGAAGGCCGACUACAGUCGCCGCCACCGCUUGAGGACCGAGAUAUGCCGGCUAAGAUCGCAAGACGCGAAGGCCUCGGUCGCUCUAAAUCAACUCGUGAGAAAUCUUCGCGCAGGGUUCCUGAUCCAUAUGCAAUCGAUCCAGAAGACACUAUAACUGCAGAGGGACCUGAAGACUCAGCCAAAGAUCUGGACGAGCCGCGUGAACGCCGUAAGCGGUCCAGCCGACCGAAGCGGGAGGCCACAUACAUGUCUGGUGGUCUCGGACCAUCCGAGGACGUGGGCAUGACCGAUGCGCCGCGUCGUUCCGAAGACGUUCGCGCUCCGUCAAAUGGCGACGACUUCGAAAAACCAUCGCUCGUCCGUCGGGCAACAUCCAGCGCCAGGAAGCCUGGAAUCAUGGGCGGCAUCCUUGGCGCAUUCUCCUCAAACAAGCCUGCCCCGCCUGAACGCCGCACGAGCAGACAAUACGAGAGUGAAAAUGACGCAUCUCGACGCAAACGUAGCUCUGCCAUCGAGGACGAUGCAAAGCGACUGCGUCGUGACGAGCGCAAGAUUGACCGUUCUCGCCGACCGACCGACCGUGACGGCUAUGCUAGCGCUGCGCCUGUAACCGAUGCCGAAGAUGCAGAUGCCGCUCGACGCCGCGAGCGCCAUGAACGUCGAGCUCGUGAGGCCGCUGAUGAAGAAGCUCGUACAGUUCGCCGCCGCGAGAAGGAGGAAUCUCGUGCAGUGCGACAGCGCGAGGACAAGGAACGCACAGCACGUGAAGAGGAGGAGCGCCAGCGGGAAGAGCGUCGCGCCCGCCGUGCCGAGAAGGAAGCUCGCCGCCAAGAAGAGGAGACUCGGUUGCGCGAGGAAGAACGCGAGCGGGAAGAGCGUCGUGAACGCCGACGUCGCGAACGAGAACGUCUACGUGCUGCUGAGGAGGCAACUGCCGCCAUGCGACCCAAGACCGACCGUCGUCGUUCACACGCUGCGGCACCCGCUGAUGUUGCUCGCGAGACCGAGGAUGAAGAAGCGCGACGCGCUCGCCGUGAAGAGCGUCGUAUGCGUCGUUCCAUGGCCGAGGAGCCUACACCCUCCGCCGCAGAUCAGAACCGUGAGCGUCGCCGCGCAUCCCGUCGCGCUUCAGAGUACAACGCCACAACGCCAUUUGUCGCGGCUAUGCGUCCCAAAGGCGGCGACAAGACCGCCUCAUGGGUAGCCGGUCUCGCGUCGUCACCACCACCCCCUCCGCCCGUUGAGGGCACCAUCAUCGACGCCCCCGUCCAUUUCGCGGCCAUGGCAAAUGGAGAAGACCCCGUCCCAGACCCAUACGACAACGAUCCCGCCACCACAGCGCGAGAGAUGCGCCGUCGACGAGCGGACGGCGCCCCUCGCUCUCGCCGCGACGAUCCUGGCAGUCAAGGCUCUUCUGGUGGUGGACAUCAUCGUCGCCAUCAAAGCUAUGCCGGACCUAGCAAUAGCUUGGGCUAUGGCGAUAUGAAUACCCGUGACGCGAGACCCGCCGCUGCGCCGCUCUCUGGUGCGAAAAAGGCCGGUGGAUGGUUUAAGAAGAUCACUGGACUGUGAUCGACUUUGAGUUGUCUUACGAGACUUCUGAUUGAAAUUGUUCAUCUCUGCACUUUAAUCGGCGUUUUGGGUUGUUGUCGGUGGAAGGAUGGGUCCCGAUUGGAAGGACUCGAUAUUUGAUCUUGCGCAUUUUGUUCCGGGUGAGAUACUCCCUCGGGAGGCAUUGGAUGAUACCCUGAUUGCUUUCCUGAUCGUUGCGAUUCCAAAUGCAUGCAUCGGAUGUCUCGCAGCUGGCUGCGGGACUCCAUAUCAAUUUUAUGAGAACGUGAUUAUUAUGGAUCUUUGAAAUAUACCUUCGAGUUUCAGUGCAGAUUGUAUC